AUGGCCGAAUCAACGGAUAAUCUGGCUGCCGUGCUCCACGGAAUCGACGAUUUACGAAUGGAACAGAUUCCAAUCCCAGUUCCAGGCCCACAUCAGGUUCUUGUCAGGUAUAAUUUUAUUUUUUUCACAGCUUCCUGAACCUAUUUAUAAAUAAUGUAAUUUGCAUCUUUCAUUAAAAAUAACUAGUUUGCAACAGGAAGUCUAUGCAGGCACAAAAUGGAGACUUUCAGAGUUGAAACUUCAAAAAAGGGGAUAUUCAUGAAGUUAGGUGGAAGAAGUCUUGUUAGAAUUUUAAAAAAUGGAUGAGUGGACUUUGAAUUUUGAUCUUUUCAGAGUUCAUACCGUCGGAAUUUGUGGCUCUGACGUCCAUUAUUGGACUCAUGGCGCUAUUGGAAAUUUCGUUGUCCGAGAACCUAUGGUAUACCGUUUUUUUAUUGAUUGCAACCAUUUUCCAUGAAAAAAAUUACUUUAUGAAAUUCAUACUAAAUUUGUCUCUAGAUUAUCCUGAAAAGUUGGUAGGUUCAUCUUUAGCUCUAAUAUAGUCUGUGUGCCACGACUUGAAAUUUCACCGAACGACGUGCCGCUGCGUACGGUCGCGAAGCGUCUUUGCCUUUGCGGAUCUAGGUCACCCUUCCAGACUAUUUUUAUUUCUGAUAGAUGUAUUGUUUCACUGCGAGUAUUUGAAUGAAAAAAAAAAUUGAAAGCGCGACCGAGAUUCGCAAAGGCGCCCGGCGGAACAGCGGAAUGUCGUUUGGUGAAAUUCCAAGUCGUGGUACACAGAUUAUACACACACGAAGAAAAAUUCAUUUUUUUUUUUUGCAAUUUUCUGAACAUGUUCGAGUAAGUAUUGACAGAGUUCUUCCUUUGAAAAAAACCAUUGAAAAACUUGGCCGAAAAAAAAUUUCACAGCUCAGAAAACUCUAAAAUGCGCAUCGAAUAGGUUCAAUAAAGUUUGCCGACCCCUCUCCGUUUUAGAAAAUUUCAUAAUAUCAACCUCUUUUUUCUGACUAACCACCUUCGGACCUCUCCCAUUUAUCCUCUCAUUUGCUAAAAAAAAACCGCUCAAAACCCCCAAAUAAAGAACUUUCGCAGGUAGUUGGACAUGAAACGUCUGGCGUUGUUGCUGGAGUGGGAAGCGAGGUCAAAGAUUUCCAAGUCGGAGAUCGAAUCGCCAUGGAACCCGGACUACCGUGCAAAGGCUGUGAACAUUGCAAGGUUGGUUUUGUGGUUCAUAUGAAGUUGGAAAGGGAGUUUAAAAAAUUAGGGUAUGAUCUUGAAGGCUCAUGGAAACUCUGCAGCCCACGGAAGGGAAGAAAAAUAUUAUAAAACAUUCAGAAAGGCCAAAAAACCACUGUUUUUUGUGAACUUAUUCUUAGUCUCAAAAUUUUAAUUAUUCCAGAAAGGUCGCUACAAUCUGUGCGCGGAUAUGAAGUUCUUCGCUACCCCGCCAAUCAACGGAACUUUGGCUCGAUAUGUGGUCCACGACUCGGCGUUUUGUUACAAGUUUCUAGGCAUUUUCGCUUUUUUGAAGGAAAAGAACAUGCAAAAAUCAGACUUGGAUGAAGAAUAUUUAUUAAGAAGUGGAGGUGGUGCUCAUUCGUAGGCACGAGCGUUGGCGUCACCUCCCCACUGGAGCCAGAGAAGGCCGUUGGCCGAGGCGACGAGGGCCGCGAAGACGGUGAGGACGGUGGAGGACGACAUCUUCCGAUGGAUUCUGGAGGGGAAGAUGGAAUCUUUUAUAGGUAGAUCUAGGAAGUUCUCAAGUAACAGUCAAAUUGAAGAAUGGGAACCAUUUCAAGUCCUGAGAGACUUCCAUGAACUUCUAGUCAGUUCUCAUUUUUCAAUUUGUUCUAUCCAUGAGAACCUUUUAGAUUCAACCCAUAAAUGGGGCUUUUCCCCUCCAGAAUCCAUCGGAAGAUGUCAUCCUCCACCGUCCUCACCGUCUUCGCGGCCCUCGUCGCCUCGGCCAACGGCCUUCUCUGGCUCCAGUGGGGAGGUGACGCCAAUGCUCGUGCCUACGAAUGAGCCCCACCUUCAACUUCUAAAUAAAUAUUUCCUAUCCAAGUUUUGCUCACGAAUACAUGAAAACGAGCGAAAGAGAAGGAUUUUAGCGACUUCCAUUAAACAAUCAAACAUCAGCUUGAAUGAUUUUUGAAGAACUCCGAGCUUAUAAACUAUGAUAUAAACGGGGAAGUUUCAUUAAGACUCUCCAAUACUUUUUUUAAUUUUAUUUCUCUACAGAACCUUGUAGUACUUCUGUUCCUGCCGCGUAAUUUUUAUUCUUGUAAUCACGGAAAAAUUUCAAGGGGUUUAUUCUUAGAUUAAAGGUGAAAUUUUGCAACUUUGUUCAUAUUUUCCUUACCUUUUUACAUUUCCUGCAAGCCAUCUUUUAUUCCUUAAAAAGCAAAUUAGGUAGGUCUCCAUGAAAUUAGAAACUCUUGCGGGAAAAAAAUUUGAAAUCCAUUUGGGCAAAAAAAUAGGUUUUCGCGUCUUUUGGGAAUUUUCAAACACUCUUGAAUAUUUUUUUGAGUGGAUCUUUGCCGAUAUCCUAAUAUUUUUUUCAAUAAAAUCUGUUAGAAGUUAGUUUAUUUCUCUUUCAGGCUUCCCGACAAUGUCUCCUUCGAGGAUGGCUCGCUUCUGGAGCCACUUUCCGUGGCGGUUCACGCCUGUCGAAGGGCUAAUCUUCAAAUGGGCAAUCGAGUUUUAGUCCUUGGAGCCGGUUUAUUCGAAAAAAACUGAUUCCAAAGAGAAUAUUAGUUGAUUUUGAGGUCCAAUCGGUGUUUUGAACAUGAUGACGGCCAAGGCAGCCGGAGCUGGACGAGUUAUUGUGACGGAUUUGGACGAUUCCAGGCUCGCGCUGGCCAAGAAACUUGGCGCCGAUGAAGUCAUCAAUGUUCGGUUAGUAUUGAAAGGAAAAUAUAGUAAUUUUCUGAAACAAUUAGAAAUGGUCACUUUAGGAACUUAUAAGAUUGCAGGCUACUGUAUGAAUUUUUGAUUUUCUGCUAAUUUUCUGUUCUAGAAGCCUCCUUGUCCUCGAGAUCGAUUUACAAAGAUGGUUUUUAUUUAAUUUUUUUCCCACUUUUUCAGUUUAUAUCUUCUCAAUUUUGGUUUUAUCAAUCCUUAGGAAAACCAAAGUAGCUCAGAAACCAAAUUUUUUGAAAAACCAGAGAUUUACUGAAACUUUAAACAGAAAUAGUUACUAUGUAGAGUUUAUAAAUCCUUUCAAAAAGCUUAGGUUACUGUAACUCUCUCUAAGACCACUUUCCUUUGAAUUUCAAUUAUCCUUCCACUUUUUCGACAAGUGCGAGUUGAUAAAAGAACGAUAUCGGGUUUUAAAACAUGGAAAAAAAGCUUCAUACGAAGAAAACGAUUCAAAAACCGAUUACAGGAAUAAAAGAGUCGUCGACAUUCGUGCUGAAAUCAUCCUGGCGAUGGGCAGCGAACCCGACAUCAGUAUCGAGUGUACUGGAGCACAGCCCUGCGUUGAAACCGCCAUUAUGGUAGCUUUUAUUGAGCUGUGUCUGUUAUUAUUAUCGUUUUUCAAACAGAAGCCUAGAAAGGCUUUAAAUAACCCUGUAAACGACUCUUCUCUUCGAGGCCUUCGUUAGAUAUUUGGCUAUGCUCCUUCAAAAUUCAAGCCAGAUUUUUCAAAAAAAAAACUGCAUUUUUUGGUAGAAAAGUACAACUUUUAUAUAUUUGACUGCAUCCGAGGAAAGUUCAAAAAUCCGCGUUUUAAAGGCGCAUGAUUUAAAAUAACACUGAAACAACUCUCUAGCCUCGAAUCCUUUGUUAAAUUUCUGUAUGCGCCUUUAAAACUUCCACCGACUUUUGAACUAACGUUUUGUUCAAAAUACAGUCAUUUUGAUUUCAGACCACGAUAUCCGGAGGUGUCAUUGUUCUUGUUGGCCUAGGAGCCAGCCGAAUUGAAAUACCGAUUAUCGAGUCGGCGUGUAGGGAAGUUGACAUCCGAGGAAUAUUCCGCUACGUUAAUUGGUUUGUUAAACUAUUUUUUAAUCAUCAAAACGAUUUCUAGUUACCCAACCGCCUUGGAACUUGUCGCCUCCGGCCGCAUAGACCUAUCGGGUUUAACCAGAGCCCAUUAUCCCCUUGAGCAAACUCUAGAAGCCUUCAAACGUACCCAAAAAGCGGAUGUUGUCAAAGUUUUUAUUCAAUGUUGA